UGCAUGUAUAUAGAGAUAUUUAUAUACAUACAUAGAGAACAGAGGGCUGGUCAUCCUGAAUAACAACACAACAAGAAGAAAGCCAGAGAGAAACGCCUCAGGAGAAGUAUCUUAGAGAAGAUCUAAUCUCUGUGUCAGUAUCUCAGCCCAAGACUCAACACAAGCUGCAUCAAGGCUCUCUCUGCCUCCCUGGCUCCCAGCUUUUUUUUUUUUCUUUUAGCACAGCAAUCUUUUCAUUUCUCAUUCUAUUCUUCCAUCCUGCUUUUUUAAUUGCUUGGGAGGCUAGAUUCUAUUCCAUCAUUUUAUUAUAUCCUCUUCCACUUCAGCCGGAAUCCUCUUUAAUUUUAUAUGGAUUUGUGGCUUUGAUCAAACUUUUAAAUCGAAAAUCUUGCGUCUGAACGGAGCAUCCUGUGCACCAAACCCAAAUGAACAAGGCAAUGCUGAACACAUUUUAAAAAAGAUACCCAAAAACCUUGCAAGACGCUUGGCUGCAGCUUCCUUAUAAAGCCGACUAAGGAGUUUUAUAUGAAUGACAAUGUACAGGAAAGCACUGCUCGCCUGGUUGCUGGUCUAUGGAAUUAUGCACUGCAGUGUCCACUCCUCACCUGCUGCGCUCAAGUAUCCUUCACUUAGGCUUGAAGAUGAAGUUUAUGAUGAAGAUGGCAAUACCCAACAAGAUUUUGCUUUCGACAACGACCCCAUAACUAUAGGGAAUCCUGCUUCGGUUUUAGAUGAUAUGUACUCCUUUUAUUAUCCAUCGGAAAAGAGACAUGCUGAUGAUCUUAUAAGCAAAGCCUAUAGGAAUGUGCUGGGGCAAUUGUCCGCAAGAAAAUACCUGCAUACUCUGAUGGCCAAACGUUUAGGUGGAUUGAGUAACAGCCUGGAAGAUGACUCGGAACCACUAUCCAAACGACACUCAGAUGGCAUCUUCACUGACAGCUACAGUCGCUACAGAAAACAAAUGGCUGUCAAGAAAUACUUGGCAGCAGUUCUGGGGAAAAGGUAUAAACAAAGAAUUAAAAAUAAAGGACGACGAGUAGCUUACUUGUAGCGAUGAGAAAGCAGCCACUCUGUGUGUACAGCCCCAACAAAACAACAAAAGUCAUUUCCAAACUGACUGAACAACCAUCGCUCCUGUGUUAUCUACAAACAUGUAUUUAUGUAUGAAGUAAAGCCAUUAAAUGAAUAUUUUGAUAAUAA